AUGGUCCACACAUGCAGCGCAUAUUUAGUAUGCUGCGAAACGUUGCAGAUCGAGCGAGAUGACUCCCCAGCCCAGAGCCCUGUCGCUUCUUGGUAUGGUUUAGGUAUUGAGCAAGCCAACGGACAGUCAACAGGCGACACAACGGCCGAGCCGACGCUCACUCAGACCACGGUAUUGGACGAGCGUGCCUUUUCCUCUCUUGAUUUUACCGCCAACAUUCUUUGCCAGUUCCCCGACGCACGGCCGAAUCAGAAACAGAGGCUGCUUGGGGUCCAUCUUGGCACGGAUUACGACCUGUUGGCUGGGACGACCGGACAGUUGCACGGAGCAUGUUGUCACGGGCGAUCAAGAAGCACGGAAACGAUUGACUGA